UGGGGGCAUAAUGUCCAAGUUGAUUUUGUACGGAACAGAAGCUAGUCCUCCGGUGCGGGCCGCCAAAUUGACCUUGGCCGCCCUUGGUAUUCCCUACGAAUAUGUCAAAAUAAAUACCCUGGCAAAGGAGACCCUUUCGCCUGAGUUCCUGCGCAAGAAUCCCCAGCACACGGUGCCCACACUGGAAGAUGAUGGUCACUUCAUCUGGGACUCACACGCCAUCAGCGCCUAUCUGGUGUCCAAGUAUGGCCAGAGUGACGGUCUUUAUCCAAAGGAUCUCCUUAAGCGUGCUGUGGUGGAUCAGCGAUUGCACUUCGAGUCGGGAGUGGUCUUUGUUAACGGACUGAGAAGCAUCACCAAGCCACUCUUUGCGUCCGGUCAGACCACGAUUCCCAAGGAACGCUACGAUGCCGUCAUUGAGAUCUACAACUUUAUAGAGACUUUCCUCACCGGGCACGAUUUCAUUGCCGGAGAUCAGCUGACCAUAGCGGACUUUAGCCUCAUCACAUCGAUCACCGCACUGGCGGUAUUCGUGGACAUCGAUCCGGUGAAAUAUGCCAACAUAACUGCGUGGAUCAAGAGGAUUGAGGAACUACCUUAUUACGAGGAGGCAUGUGGCAAAGGUGCCCGGGAUUUGGUGACUCUCCUCAAGAAAUUCAAUUUUACCUUCUCAACUUAAUCUUUUCUUCUUAAUAUGUUAUGAAUCGAUUUAAAUAAAUGAUAAUUAUAAUAAAUUUUGCGUGGUGCGGGGUCCGGGGUGCGGGGUGCGUAUUAUAAACUACAUGUAAUUAAAAUUAAACCAAAACAAGUUGGGAAUUAUUUGUAAAUGUAAUGGAUAUACGUUUUGAAUUAUAAUAAACGAUAACGUGGCCAAGAGAAAAACCAAGAUUAAAUGAAUACUAUCUCCAAAA